UGGGAGGGCGCAGAAGACAAUAUGGCGGCGCUCGCUGCGGCGCGGAGGCUCCCAGGGGUUUUAAGAUCUUUCUGCCCUUUGGUCCCUUUGGCCAAUAAUAGUUCUUACAGCAUCCGCCCAAUUUCUUGGUUGCCUUCACUUCACAUCAGCCAGAGGAAGAUAUCAACAAUCUCCACCAGAAAACCUCUUCUCUCCAUUGGAAGUGGGUCUUAUGGGCAUUCAGUCUCAAUUUUGAACAGUGUAACACCACUGCUCCCAAGUAUCCUUCAUCAGCAAGUAAGGACCCUCAUCAAAUUUGGCUUGCGGAAAGGAAAAAGGAAAACUGUAAAAGCUGUGAUUCACAGAUUUCUCAGAUUGCACAGUGGCCUUUGGCUAAGGAGAAGGGCUGGUUACAAGAAACGACUGUGGAAGAAAAAUCCUAGGCGGAGGAAGCGCUUGAGGGAACAUGUGUUCUGCAAUAAAACACAGUCUAAGCUCCUUGAUAAAAUGACAUCUUCCUUCUGGAAAAGAAGAAACUGGUACAUUGAUGACCCCUACCAGAAAUACCAAGAUCGUACAAACUUUAAGUUAUAAAUUGUCAAAUGCACAUCUGCGGAUCUUUGUAUGCCAGUCCAAAUAUUAAUGGUUCAGGUUGAUUACUUUUCCAUACAUCUGUCUAACAAGCAAAUGAACAGUUUAUGUUAAAUUACUGGUGCAAAAUAAACCAUUGAUCUGA